AUGGCCCACCUGCGGGCCUGCGAGGUGCGGCAGCUGCUGCACAACAAGUUCGUGGUCGUCAUGGGGGACUCGGUCCAGCGGGCCGUGUACAAGGACCUGGUGCUCCUGCUGCAGAAGGACUGCCUGCUCUCUUCCAGCCAGCUGAGGGCCCAGGGCGAGCUGAGCUUCGAGCGGGACGUGCUGCUGGAGGGCGGCAGCAGGGGCCGCCUGCAGAACGGCACACACUACCGCGAGGUGCGCCAGUUCCGCUCGGGCCACCACCUGGUGCGCUUCUACUUCCUCACGCGCGUGCACUCGCCCUACGUGGACGACGUCCUGGACGAGCUGCGGCAGGGCCGGCAUGCUCCGGACGUGGUGGUCAUGAACUCCUGCCUCUUGGACCUCUCCAGGUAUGGCCGGGACUUCCGGAGGAGCUACCCGGAGGAUCUGGAGCGCCUGUUCAGGCGCCUGGCCCGGGUGCUGCCCUUGUCCUGCCUCAUGGUGUGGAACACGGCCAUGCCCGUGGCCGAGACCAUGUCGGGGGGCUUCCUCCCGUCGCAGCGCCCAUCCAGGGCCGCCCGCCUGCGGGGAGACGUGAUGGAGGCCAACUUCUACAGCUCCAGGGAGGCGGGCAGGCACGGCUUCGACGUGCUGGAUCUGCAUUUCCACUUCCGCCACGCCAGCCAGCACCGGCACCGAGACGGCGUGCACUGGGACGAACGCGCGCACCGACACCUCUCGCAGCUGCUGCUGGCCCACCUGGCGGACGCCUGGGGCGUGGAUCUCCCCUGCCGCCGAACCGUGGGCAGCUGGAUCAGGGAUGGCCGCGCCGGCACACAUCCAGGCCCCACAGGCCGGAGGCAGCCCCGAGACCACCGCAGGGACCGAGGCGAAUCGUCCUUGAGGGGGCACCCGCCCGCUUCCCCGGGUCCCCGGGCCCCUCGGCGACCUUCUGUGUCCUAUCCCCAGGCUCGACAGCAUCUCCCAGACUGCCGCCAAGAUGCCUACUCGCCCUCCAACCGAUCUGCACGGUACAGGCACUUCUCCCGCGACUCCCCCAGGUGCCGAAUCGGACACACCAGAGAAGACAGCUCGACCGUGGGCCGCGAGUCUCGGGUGGGCCGCGAGUCCUGGGUGGGCCCCAUCCGCACAGCCCAGCACGGAGGCAGGAGGUCUCCCCCGUAUCCUCCCAGGCGUUCCCGCGAGCCACCCAGACACCAGGGAAGGUGCACAACAGACGGACCUGAGCGCAGCCAGACACCAGGCCUCGGUAGGCAGACCUAG